AUGGAUCAAUCAGUAAUGCGUGGUGGAUAUAUUGGCAAAAGGAAACGCUCGCCAAUUUGGACUUUCUUUACUGCUGUUGAUGAAACCCAUGCUUGCUGUAAUAUUUGCAAAAACAAACUCUCUUAUGAGACAACAGUUACAAAUUUGACCAAGCACAUGAUGAAAAAGCACCCGACAGUAAGAUUAAAAGAGCUUCAGCGAGCAUCUUGUAACAUUCAGGUUAAUGAGGAAGCAAUUGAUGAGCCUAUUCCAGGGCCUUCAAGAAUUUCUACCUUGGAGCCUGAGAAUAAUGCUUUAAAUCCAGCCUACCGGUUGCCAAGUAGAGACACAAUAGUAAAUACAUUAUUGCCAUCUAUUUAUGAGGAAGUAUCACAUGACGUAGAGCGGGCCUGUUUCACCAUUAAAAAAGCUUGUGUUACAGCUGAUUACUGGACUUCAGUGGAUAAUGAAAGUUUUAUGGCGGUAACUGCACACUAUUUAGAUGAAGAAUUCAAAAUGAACUCUUUACUUUUGGAGGUUUCCGUUUUCAAUAUCGUCCGAACAAUAAGAAAUGAGCUCAGAUGGCCGCAUUUGGGAUGCUUCGCCCAUAAUCUUAAUUUAAUUAUUAAAGAUGCACUGGCUGAAUUUUCUGAUUUGAUUGAAAAAGUGAAGACUAUUGUCUGUCAUUUUAAAAGAAGCUCUCUGGCAAAUUCCAAACUGUUGGAAUGUCAAGUAACAGCAGGUAAAGAGGCUAAAGAAAUAAUACAAGAUGUUCCAACUCGAUGGAACUCAACAUUUCAUAUGAUAGAACGGUUUGUCGAGUUGGAAAGCUUCAUAAGAACGACAGUUGCCCUCUUAGAUGCCGAUCUGCCUCACUUAACAACGAAGGAGUGGAAAACAUUGCAACUAUUAUGCAAGAUUUUGAAACCGUUUGAAGAUGCAACAACGAUGGCAAGCGGGGAGAAUUACAUUACUGCUUCUUUAGUCAUCGUUGUUGUAAAUGGUUUAAGAGAUGUUUGUGCAGUACUAUUAAACUCCCCUGAUGUGCUACAAGAUGCAUUUGCGAAAAAUACUGUAACAAAUUUAAAUCAUUCUUUGCUAAAUAGAUUAGGAAAUGUAGAGAAUGAUAAAAUUCGGGCAACGUCUACAUUUUUAGAUCUGCGUUUUAAAGAUGUGGCGUUUAAAAACAAAUUAACUGCCGAAAAUGUAAAAUGGCAGCUAACUAAUUCAGUAGCAAAUAUGCUAAAUGAAGGUGUUGAUGAUCAAGUUGAUAACAACCAGGCAAUGGAUAAUAGCACAGAUUUUCAACAACUGACAUUAUCUUUAUGGGAUAGUUUUGAUAGAAAGGUCUCGGAACAUAAGCCAAAAGGGACAAUAAAUUCAAGGGCCUUAUUAGAAAUAAAUAGAUAUCUCGAAGAAGGGAUCAUUAGCCGAAAAUUUUCAGCUAAUUGCAGGUAUCCUCAGUCAAGGACUGCAGGGCCCAUUACGGCUGAUGAAAGAAUUCAGGCAGAAAACCAAUUUAUCCGAAUGGUUCAACGUGGUAAGUUUAAGGAGGAAAUUAGAGAUUUGAAAAGAGCCAGUACGGAAAGCUUGCCAACUUUCUAUGGUUGCCAAGAUUCUAGUGACGUCAUAGGAGGCAUCCAAUCAGCGUUAGGAUGCACUGAUUCCGAGCUUCUUAUAUAA